AUGGACGCCAUCCUACGUGAUUCGUGGGCACAGGAGAAUAUAAUAUAUUUUGAAACGAAGGCUGCUGGCUCAAUGGACGCAAUCCCCUGCAUUGUCAUUCGAGGAAUAUGCAACUACGCCAAUUCCCACAAGAACAAAAUCUGGCAGCUGUAUGUGGCGGCAACAGCAGCAUUAUGUGCAAAGGAACUUCUGCUUGCUAUUUCUGCACAAGGCGCUCCCGAUUUGCCUCCGGCUGAGAAACUUACGCAGCAGCCUGACCCUCAGUUCUUCUCCCCUGGAAGCCUGCUGAUGACGGGCUAG